CUUUCCAAAUGGCAAAAAUUUCAGAUUUAUACCAAGUCCUACAGGGCCAGGAGUACUCUGUGACUGAGAAGCUUCAAAUUGCCAAGUAUGUUUUGACGACUCCUGACGUAAAUAUGCCAAAUAAGGAGCAGCGAUUAAUUGAUUGGUUGUGUGAUACUCUCACUAAAUCAAAGCUGAAAAAGAAAAGCAGCACUUUAGCACAGGAAGAUAUCCAAUCUAUAUGGAUAUGCCUUGUAUCAAUGCUGCACAGUUCCCAGACCAAUUCAGAAGGACAUAAGGGUGUCAGGAUAAAAUCAGAGUUUUGUCAGGUGGUUAUAGAGAGCUUUGAUGUGUUCCAAGAUUGCCCAAAGGUGAUUGAUACACUGGUGGACUUUACCGCUGCAGCCCUGUCCAACACAGUCUUAAAUAACUCCUUGUUCUCCAAAUAUGAAUCAGUGAUAACCUUGUUAAACAAGAUCAUGAGAAUCAAAACAUCUAACCAAGAAACUAGAACAAAAUUAAUUUUGUGCCAAGAAAAAGUUUUAGAAAAAUUGAAGUCACUGCAAAAGUUUCAUCAUUCCUCAAAACAGGUAUAUACUCACAUUGUGGAUAAACUUCUCUUGUGUCUACUAGAGCAAGAAUCUCAAGAGGAAACAAGCGCAUCUAAGAAACUGAAGUCUUAUAUUUUCCAAGGUCUCUUUAGCAAAGAUAUGGCAAGCACAUACACAUUGUACCUUGAUGUGUUUUAUGCAAAGGAGUCAAAGUCACAGCUUCCCAAUAACAUUGUUCAUCUACUUGAGAAGGUAAACAAUGGACUGAAUACAAAUGUUGUGCGGGGCCUACAUAUUCUAUAUCAGGGGUUUCUCUCUAUGAGGCUUGAAGAUCCUCAGCUAUCAUUCAAAAUGCUUCGCCGUUUGUGUAAGCUGAUUCAUAUAGAGCCCGAGGGGUCCAUUUCCAUACCUGUCAAACAAGAAAAGGAUAUGGAAGUAUCUCAGAAGGAAGGCUCCAUAGAAUCUUCAACAUUUGAGAUUGAUGUGUAUUCUCAAAAUGCUGGGUUAUUGGGAAUAUUACAAGAGGUCCUAAAAGGAGACUCCUUCAGUGCUGCAUAUGAUAAUACCACGGGACAAGAACAGUUGAAGUGGUAUCGAAGUUUGGUGACAUUAUUGUUAAACCAGUCAGAGAGAGAUGGAACAUGGUACACCUGUUUAGGUGUUCUGCUUCAGAUCAACUCUAGCUUCAUAGAACCUCAGAUAGAGAAACUGUGGGAGCAACUCUUUACAACUGAACAGUCUGAUCCAAAGGUUAUCGGAGCCAGUGAAAGACUUCAGUGUGACAUCAUCAGCCUCUAUCUGAGAAUGAGACAGAUUCCUCGCCUAUUGACCAAGAUUCUACAUAACUUCAGUUCAAUGACCUCUGUCUGCUGCAAUGUGUUCAGCUCAACUGUACUGGACGAAUUUGGAGCCUGUACAGAGCAGUUACCACAGGGCUCAGUUGUAGAUAUAUGGAGCAUGUUCAUUUCUGACUUUACCUCAAACUAUCAAACUAACUUAGGUGCCACAUCCAGACAAUUGUUCUGUGUGUCGCAGCUCAUCAGCACAUUCCUGAUGCACAUCAGAGUGGCAGAUUAUGCUGUCACAUCUGUCACACGUGACAAGGUCAAUCAGCUGAUGGGUCAGACUAUGAGUGAUGUCAUAGAACCAAUGCUGAAGUAUGUGUCACAACAAAGGAAUUUUUCGCAAGACACAACUUCUGCAUUGCUGCUCAGUUACACUUGGGUAGAGCUCCAUCUUUUAUUGAAGCAGUACACUAAAUAUGACAUGACUUCUGGAGAUGUUGAGCGUGUAUCUGCUACUGCCCAUUAUGAUUUGAGUGGUGUGUUUCCAUGUCUCGAUGUAAACAUGUGGAGGAAUAUUUAUGAAGAAGCAUCAAAGUCUCAGGAUAAAACAUGUCUCCAUAUUCUGGAUAUGCUGUACAUGCAGAAAAUGAAAGCAUUGCUUCUUCAUUGUGAUGUAACUGAGCCAAGCAUUGUGACAUCACUCCAGAACUUGAUUGAAUAUUUUGUUAGCAAAAGUUUCAUUGAAACGGAGAAUUCAGCCACUUGGGAUAGAAAUAUGUUCAGUAUUACAUCAGAGACUUAUCCAAUAUCUAAGUGGAAAUUACUGUUAGACUACCUGCCCUUGGUUUGCGCAUCACAAGCUUAUAGCAGUGAUACCAUAGCAACCAUUGCUGAUGUUUUGAUCGAUAGCUUGUUGCUUGCAGAUUCAGAAAAGUUGGGUGACCUCACAAUGUCCUCAUGCAGCAAGAGUUUUUUGUCUUCCGACCAAUUCAAAGAGCUAGCUAUUCUACACACAGCCAUGCUCCAGGGCAUCUUAGGAAGACUAGGAAAUAUCUUUAAAGCCAAGUCAAAGAGCCCAAAGAAGUUGAAGGGCUCAAACAGUGUAUUGGUGAACACACUCGAACAGUUCCAGUCUAUCAUUGGAUCACAGUCAGUUGAUGAGGAAUUCAUUGAUGUAUCAGAGGCCUUUAACCAGACCUGCCAGAAUGACAAGCAGACACAAAUAGAGGAAUUAUGCAGUACAUUGAAGGCCAGUGCAGGUAAGUCUUACCAUUGUAGAAUUAUCCCCAAAAGGGUGCAAAAUGAACAAUUGGAAUUAUGCAGGACAUUGCAGACUCUGGAGUACCUGCCCAUGGCGAGCAUACCACAACAACAACGCACAUGCUUUAGCUUAACAGCGUUUCUUCUUAUCGGGAUUGAAAGAAAUUCUGGGAAAUCAGAAGAGCUUAUACAGAUAUUGUGCAGUAUAAUACUGACAUGCAGUAAUGAUGGCAGAAACCCUCAGUUUACCAACUACUUGGACAAAUCUACAGCUCUAUGUUGGCUUCUCAACAAUACAUCUAGCAAGUCAGAAAAGGUGUGUAAGUUGCUAGAAAGCCUGGUGUUGGUGUUGCUGAACGCCUCUGUGAAGACCACCACUGGGUUGGAGGGUCUAAGUGCCUUCAUAAACAAUCUAUUAGAUAAGCUGGCGAUGUGGGAAACUGGAUCAUGUAACGUAUGGACAGCCAGGGUGAUGCUUUUCACCCUUAAGACACUUUCUAAGGUGUCUAAAUGGAGCAACAUGAAGGAAGAAGUGACUAAACCAUGCAAGCUCUACUUUCUCACACUAUCGAAACAAUUUAUCAAAGUUAUAGACCAAACGUUAAAGGAUGACGUAGAUUCUGCUGCAUUGCCUUAUUUGGUAUCUGGUUACAUCACUCUGAUAGGUUGUCACAAGAUGUUGGCUGAUAUACCUUGGAAGUCACAUUUAGAUGCGAUUGUUCAGUUGUCGUUAAAGACAUUUGACAACAAAGAUAAGGGUGUAUUCAAAAUGGAAGUGUCACUAAACCUGAUGAACAUCCUUUGUACACAUUAUGUUGAGCUGGAAGAUUUCCUGCCAGAUGACUUCCUCAAUACAGUUUGGAAUAGACUGGAGGGCUAUUUACAACGAGUCAACAAAAAAACUGGGACCCAGGACAACAUAAAUAGCCCUGCAACAGGGACCCAAGACCCCCAAGUAGAUACCAAGGAAGACAUUGUUAAAACCAAUGGAGAUUUGGCUGGUACUAAGGAAGAAGAGGAUGUUAUCGAGGGAGAUAUGGCAAAACUUGAAAGCAAAGUGAUCUGGACAUUGGGGAAGACACUGAAGGCAUCCCCACUGAGCAUAUACCAAGACAGACUCAAUAAACUUGUGAAAAAUAUGGAUAGCAGCCAUAUUGGUACAGAUGCUGUUGAUGUAGCAACACAAUUAAAAGUCUGGCUCCAUCUUCUCAAAACACAUUCUGAACUGAAGGAUGAAAAACUGAAAUACUUUAACUAUGUCAAUCAAAAUGCUACCCAGUUCUUUCAAAGUAUGCUUGUAGAAGCUACUAGAGUUGGAAGACACUUGACUCGAACCAUUGUUCUACCUAUACUGGAGGCCCAAUCUAUGGCAAUUAGCAUGGAGAUCCUACCAGUGUCCCAUGUAGCAAUGUGCCUUACUAGCUGCACUAAUGCACCAUUAGAUAUCACAAUAAGAGAAUCCAGCAAAGAUGGCAACAGCACGGAAACUGAUGACAUCAUCAAUUUCAGAGAUGUAUUUAGUGCCACCUAUAAAGUGUUGAAUGAAAUGUUGGUACAUUACAGAGAUAAUGUCUUCAACUUCAUACCUCCUUUUAUAGCAGCUUCCAAACGUCUGAUGAACAGUGCAAUAGUUGCAGGUGACCAAGCCAACCAUUAUAACUCCGAGCAAGUUGCAGCUGUGGUGGCCUGUGGACAUCUUACUGAGAGACUGUAUGCUCUUAUGGCAAGCUACAAGGUAGAGUUCAGUAAGGUAGCAGUGUAUAUUGUAGCAGACUAUGUCACACAGGUGCAGAAGGUCACUCUGGUACCAAUAGUAAAGAAAUCCCUGGUGCCAGCAGUGAACCACAUUCUAAGUAUUUGUGAUGAACACGCUAUAGCUCAGUUGCAUACUGUGCUCAACCCUGGGGUUAGAGAGGUCUUCAGAACUUUAUAUGAUGAUUACCUAAAGUAUUUCAAGUAUACUGGAAAAAUAUAGAAAUUCUCAGGCCCAUUCGGAAUUUACCCUUUAUAGGGGUGUGGACUUUUGCUACAAUAGAGAGAAGCAAAUCACUCUGAUAUGCUACUGCUGAAAUAUGGAUUACAUGGAGAAGUACAAUGUAUAUACAUAAAUAAAUAUAGAAAAUAAGUUCUGUAUGUUUGGUGCACAAUUCCACCCUGUUUGUACUAUUUAUUUGAAUAUUGAAAGAAAUAUUAUGAAAGGAAACUAACAAAAGAAAAUAUAAUUUACAGAUUUUCUAGAAUGAAAAACUAGGAAGUCAUUGCAAUAUUAUUGAAGUGAACCUAUAUGUACUUACUUUCUGUAUACCAUAUCAACCAUACUAAUGGAGCUUAAUAAGUGUCAUGGAACAAAAAAGGUCAAGUAAACAGGCCUGUA